AUGGGUGAAUCACUGCUCUACGAUCGACAGGCGCAGCCGAUGGAUGGCAGCCUUGAUGACCCCGAGGCUCUGCGCCACCUCCUGAACGAUAAACAAAGCGAUCUCGAGUUGGCUGCGCAAAUCGGGAAGUCACUGCUUGACAGAAAUCGAGAUCUCGAUCGCCAGCUUCGUGAAAGUGAACAGCAGAUGGCCGCUGCCAUGGAAACGAUAAAUCAAUUGCAGCACACGCUUGGCAUGAAAGAGGAGCUUUUGCAACUGUGGAGUCAUCAUGACACACGAGAAGAGAACCUACCGUCUGGCGACGCGACUGCCGCCGAACUCGAGGAUUUGCGAUCGCGUCAACGGAGUGAUUUUCCAGCUGAGGAGACCCAAAACGGCUUCUUCGUUGGGGCAUCCGCAGUGCUUAUGGGAAGUCCUGAAUUCGGGUCGUUCAUCACCCAUUCCUUGCCCCUUCCUCCAACUUUUAUCUUUGCACGCAACGCCGCUGUCAUCCGAAGCAGCAUGCUGGCGAGUCAGGAGGAAAUUGAUCUGAUCCAUCGCAAGCUGCAGGCCCUGGAGGAGGAAAACGCUGUCAUCCGAAGUGCACGAGCGGAGGAGCAGAGCGUAACGUUGCGCGAGUGUAUUCGCAAGCUCAGUGAUGCGGUUGCCCACAUCAAAAGCCUGUCCGACGAACAGUUUAAGCGCUCUGAUGCCCUGGUCCAACAGCAGACCCAAGUCAACGCUCUCGCUGCUCGCAGUCGGGAAUUGGAAAACAGCCUCAAUCAGGUCGGAAUGACCAACGAGAUGCUUGCCUUCAAAGUUGAGGAACUCAACGCUGUUAAUCAAAGUCUUGCCAAGGAGCUUCGAGACAUGAAGGAUAAGUAUGACGAGAGCCUUGCCCUCUACACUCAGGCCCAGGCCACGGUUCGGAAAUUGCGCGAUCGAUCUCGGAAAGCUAGUCUCAGACCAACGUGCCUUGUAUAUAGUCCACUUAGUAAGCAAGGGACUCAUUCGGUCGAUCCCGCUGUUGCCAUCAUACCAGGUGCCUCCGAUUUUCCCUCUGAUCUUGCUGAAAAGUCUACCUCAAUAGCUGAGGAGUUGUCUAACUCGUCUUUACUUGAAGUACCCCAUGACAGUCAUAAUCCACCCACAUCACCAAAGCCAAGCGGAGAUUUGGGGAGCCGAACUAGUCAAGGCGUCGUUGCAGUGCGCGCCGAGCAGGAGUGUGGUGAGUGGGACGAAGCCACAAUGGACAGCAGCGGAUUCGUCAGUUGCUCGGAACCAAUUGAAGCUGCGCAUCGCGUGCCCAAGAAAAUCCCUACCACGUCCGCACCAGCCUCCGUGACCUCGUCCCAUCGGCCGGCGGCACUGCGGAACAGCCUUCAAAUGCCCAUCUCGAGAGACCUCGAUUGGGGCGUAGAGGACUACAAAGAGCACUUUCUCUCCACUGCAGGAGAGGAGGAAGAUAAGGAUGACGAUGACGCUGUUGAGUCGGCUCGUGUCCUUCCCGAGGACUGCAUCGCAGUGGUUGGCACACAGCUCUCGGCGUUUACCACUCCGUUUAGAGUUGUUCGUCGUCCGAAAAUGCCGGAAGCCCAAAUGCCUUACGUCUCCAAUCCACCUGGCUUGGCGAAUCGCCGGAGCUGGGUGGUGGAGCAGGGCACACCGCUUCCACCGCAACGCAGUCUCGAUGAUAGUGCGCUAAGUUCUCUCGGCCAGUCCUUAGUUUUCGGCCAGUCCGUCGUCCGACCACAACGCUUGCAGCUGGUGAAACAAUUUCACGGUUCGGGGGUGCUCCAGCGCUGGCAAAGGCUCGCCACGCCGAGUCUGACCUCGGCGCUCUUUGAGACGCCCCCCAGUGGAGUAGCCAGUCGGGGUUCGGCCUCAGGCAGUGCUGGAGACCCUGUCAACCGACACCCCUCUGCCUCGAUCCCUCCCCCUCCUCCCCACCUGCGUCCCACCGAAGCGCCCAUACGGUGGUCGUCUGGCCUCGACCUCAGUACGGGGAUCAUCCUCUUCAUCCACACAGUCGCCUGGGUCGGUUGCAUCCAAGUCACUUUUACGCCCUCUGACGCUGGGCUUCACACUUUCCGCGAACCAGGUCGUCCUCGUCUUUCUUCGCUCCCCCUAAACCAGACGCUGCACCAUCAUGGACAAGCCACCAAGGCGAGCACGGAGAGCACGGACAGGCUGUUGAGUCAAUUCCUAGCUGAUUCACAGCGAAUAAAACCGAUGACAACUUCGGCUUUGGGGAGGCAACCUAAAACAGCCUCAGCAAUUACACCGGCCCGGUGCAAAAGCCCCGUGAUCCUUCGAAGUAGGCACGCGUCACCGUCUCAUGAGACUCAGGCUGAGAAUUUUCGGGCGGUGUCCCCAGUGUGCCGCGGUCUUCUCGAUGUCUCCGGCAUGUCCUUGGCCGAUUUGCCUGCCCAGUCGAUCAAGGUCCCCAUCCUGCGUCCUGGCUCUCCCGACGGACCCUCUGCUCCCAUCGCUCACUUCCGCAAGCUAAACCUCUCUAGGGGCUCUCCCACAUUAAACAUCGUUCAAGAGGAGGCUCAGCCAACUUUCACUUCUGACCCAAACUGA